CCGUGCUCUACCCACUACGCCACGCUGCUUCUCCGAUUGCCUCAGGUCUCUGUUAACAGGCAGCACUUCUGAUUUGAGCUGGGCCCGCCUGAAUUUUGAACCACAGCUUUACGUGCUGCCUACCACCUGGGCCAUGCCCUGCCCUCCCGUCGCGCCACUGUGCCACAUCCUGAGGCAGUCGCUCACCUUGUGUUCCAUCUGAAGCUGGCUCUGGGUCACCCAGGAGAGCAACUGCUGAGCCUGUAACAUGGAGGAUUGCCUUCAUACGUCAUCCGAAAAUCUUUCCAAACUUGUCAGUUGGGCCCACAGUCACGGGACCAUAUGCAGCCUGAUUCCAAAUCUGAAGCAUUUGCUGUCGGAAGGUUCCCAUGGCAACUUGACAGCUAUGUGGGGCUGCAGUGCCGGCCAUGCUUACCACUGGCCACUGACUGCCACUUGUAGGGCUGGGUCCCAGGAGAGGGUUUGUUUCCAGGACAACCGGAGCUUCAAUUCCGAUAGUCCCAGCAUCAUUGGGGUGCCCUCAGAAACGCAAACCAGCCCCGUGGAGAGGUAUCCCGGACGGCCAGUGAAAGCCAAGUUGGACUGCAACCGAACCCGAGACUCUUGCGACUUCUCUUACUGCAGUGAGCCUUCAGAACUGGAUGAAGCCGUCGAGGAAUACGAGGACGAAGCUACGCUGUUCGACAUGGUCUGUGAAUCUUCCGUGACUGAUGAAGAUAGUGAUUUUGAACCCCAAACCCAAAGGUCUCAAAACGUCAUUCGCAAAAGGCGCGGGGUCGGCGCGUCAUCUGUCCUUUCGAGCUCCCAGUCGCAAGUCACCGACGAAAGCAGCGGCGAUGUCAUCGUCAAAAAAAUCAAACAGGAAAUCCCUGAAGAUUACUACAUCGUCGCUAACGCGGAGCUGACUGGGGGGGUGGAUGGUCCUGCCUUGUCAUUGACUCAGAUGGCCAAACCUCAGCCUCAUGCUGGACCCUCUUACGUGGGCCCCACUAAGCCAGCUUCCCACGGGCCACCUACGCUCAGUGCAGAACUGGACCUGCAGAGUGUUUCGGCUUCCCCACCCGUCAUCUCCAGAUCUGCCAUCCAGAAGCCUGCCAGAGUAUCUCUGGCUUCACCGAACAGAGGGCCGGUAAACACCCACGGCGCCGGGCAGCAGGUGGCCAUGCAGGUGCCCGUGAGCACUUCCAACCCCAACAAACAGAUUAGCAUUCCCCUGUCCGCUCUGCAGCUCCCUGGACAGGAGGAGCAAGUGACUUCUGAAGAGCUUCUGCCUGCUCUGCCAAACCAGGUCCCGGCCUGUGAAGUAGCUCUCUCCCCUUCUAUUAGCGCCGAGCCGGAAGUGAGUUCAAGUCAGCAGCAGCCCAGCACUGCUCCAGGCGUCACUGCUGAAGCUACUGCACAGUCAGUACCAGACCAGGAUGAAAGAGCGGCCGAACUGAGCCGGGAACAGAAUGAGAAAACCAUCCGGAGCACUCAGACCGCUCUGCGCAAUUUCCCAUAUUCAACUAAACUCAACAAAUUUCCUGUUUUUAAUUUUAAUGAUGACCUGAAAGAUCUGUGCAUCAGUGCUGUGAGUCCAAACACCACUAAGGCUACUUUAUAUGCCCUUAAUGUGUGGAGAUAUUGGUGCAUGACUAAAGGACUUAAAGACUACAUGGAUAUUACCAAGAUUCCCGCUGUGAAGCUGAACGAGCUCCUAGAGGAUUUUUACAUCACCGUAAAGAAGACCGAUGGCUCAGACUUCCUGGCGACAUCCCUCCAUGCCAUCCGCCGUGGCUUAGAUCGCAUCUUAAAAAAUGCCGGUGUGGGCUUCUCCAUCACCAGCGGCACUUUCAGCUCCUCCACCAAGAAGCUCAAGGAGAAGCUCCGAGUGCUGAGCAAGGCGGGGAUGUCAGGGGCUCGCUCCCGCAACAUCGUUUAUUUCUCCCUCUCCGACGAGGAGGAGAUGUGGCGAACAGGAUGCCUGGGGGACGAGAGCCCCGUUGCCCUCCUCUCCACCGUGGUCAAGUACAACAGCCAAUAUCUGAACAUGCGAACCUUGCAGGAGCAUGCAGACCUGAUGUACGGAGACAUCGAGCUGCUCAAAGACGCUCAGAAUCGACCCUUCUUCGCUCGGACGGACAGUGUGAAACGGGAGAACCGGGCCAGUGCUACUAAAGUGUGUUAUGGGCAGAUCUACCACGACCACUCCAAGGGACACAAGUUGUGCCCCUAUUGCCUCCUGUAUAAGUACAUGUUCAUUCACCGGCCCCCGACCCAGAUGGAGGCCAAGUCGCCAUUUUAUCUCACCGCCAGGAAGGAGGUCAGCGGAAUGGGCAAUGUGUGGUAUGAGGAUCAGAGAAUGGGGCUCCGCUCCCUCAGGGGGGUUGUCCCAAAGCUGGCCAAGAAAGUCAAGCUUGAAAACUGUGAGAACUUCACUUUUGUUUCAUUUACUCAGGCCUCCAGAAAAUUUGGUCCACUAAACUGUUAUCAGUAAGCCUUCUCCUUCCUCCAGCUGCCCUUUAUCCCCGAUUCAGUCCAUUAGGGGCACGGAAGAAGGUCUGCACGAGCGCUGGGGAAGAUGGUGUAUUUGAAUAGCAAGCCCAGUGACAAUCAGAAAGAGGUUAUCCUGCUGGAUUCCAUUUUUUUUUUAAUCAAAGCAGCUGCUGCUGAAGUUAGAAUACCUUAUCCAAAUGUAUGUUACUAUAGUC